AUGCAGCAAGAGCUCAUGCUCAGUGUCGAUCAGCUGAACGCCAGCGCCGCAAUGAACUAUGGCGGACUAGCCGUGGGAUGCAUCUUUUUCAUUCCCCUAGUCCACAAGCACGGAAGGCGGUUAUUGUAUCUGAUUAGCUCCGUCCUGCAACUGGCCUCGGUCAUAUGGCUGGCCAAAACCAACAACUUCGGCGACUUGAUGGGCAGUAACCUUCUCGCAGGACUUGGCGGUGCCAUCAGCGAGACAGUUGUCCAAAUUACCAUCGCAGAUAUCUUCUUUGUCCAUCAGCACGGAACCAUGAACCGGAUGCUUCCGGAAUACGUCGUCAAGUCGCAAGGCUGGAGAUGGAUCUGGUGGUGGUGUGUGAUCUUUCUGGUUCUCAAUCUGCUCCUCGUCAUGUUCCUCUUCGAAGAAUCAAAGUACAUUCCUGUGCUCAAUGGUCAUGGAGCGCCUCAAAUGACCGGAUCGCUUGAUGAAGGCGAAGGCAACGACACGCAAAAGCCUGCAAAGCAAGAUGACGAUAGUCACCAAGACCCAAUGGAGAGGAUACAAUCAAGGAUCGACACUACCAUGCCUCGGAAGACGUAUCGCCAAAGGAUGGCACUAUUAACGACUACGUCAGGACCCAUCAAGCAACACUUCUGGCAGCCGGUUGUCCUUCUCUUCACUUUCCCAGCUGUGGCAUUUGCAGCUGUCACCUAUGGCACAAUUUUGGCAUCUUUCGCCAUUCUAACCUCGGUACAAGCCAUCUAUCUGCUUCAGCCACCAUACAAUUUCGGUUCGGAAGGCGUAGGGCUCAUGAACGUUGCGCCGUUCGUUGGCGCUUGUAUCGGAUUCUUCUUUGGUGGUUACUUCAACGACAAGUUGAUUGUGUGGUUAUCAAAACGUAAUGGUGGAAUUUACGAGCCAGAACAGCGACUUUGGGUAUCUCUGCCGUCCAUUGUGCUGCUUCCAGGGUCGAUCAUAAUGUUUGGUGUUGGACUGUCCCAUGGCGCUCAUUGGGCCGUUUUGGCUGUUGCUUUCGGUAUCUUCGGCUUCAAUUUCCUCCUGGUAAACGACAUUGCUUUGGCAUAUGUCACCGACUGUUAUCAAGAGCUUGUUGGAGAUGCUCUUGUUGGUGUCGUAUUCAUUCGAAACGUGCUCUCUGUUGUUGUACUUUUCUCGCUCACGCCAUGGACCAACGGUAUGGGAAUACAGAAUGUGCACAUUCUGGUUGCAUUCAUUAUUUUUGCGGUACUCCUGCUUCCCAUUCCGCUACUUAUUUGGGGCAAGAAAGCAAGGAUGGCAACCGCAGUGCGAUAUAGGGAGAUGGCGAUGCGACAGCCCUCUCACCGUACGUUGCCAGAAUAG